GAUACACCUGGAACAUCAAUACCAUCAGCGCACUGGACAGGCACCGCCAGCCCGCUACCACGGCCUUCCGGCUCCUGAGGAGCCUCCCGAGCGAGAGGCGCAAAGGCGGUGAACGUACCUUCCCCUGGCUGCCCCAGAGGCCAGGCUCCUCCGGGCACGGUCCCGGCCCGGCCGAGCGGCGCAGGGCCCGGCAGGCUCGGGAGGCCCAGGUAGCCCGGUAGCCCCUCCCCGCCGCCGGCCCCGCCCCGCGGGGGAUGGAGGGGCCGCGGCCGGGCUGGCGCUGGAAGAGGAAGCGGGGACGCGCUACCGGGCGGCGGCGGUGGGGUCACGAACUCUGACCUGUCACAGGGCACGGCACACACAACAAAACACCCCCGACACCAACACAGCCCCGGCCCCCUCCCCUCCGCGGGACCCACAGCCCCUUGCAGCCCCCGCGGGGGGAGGGAGGGCCGCUGCUGGGCACCGGCCUGCCCGGGCCCGGUCGGGUCACCGCCACUGCACCUUUGGCGCCCAUUCCUGAGGUUCUCUAAUGGUCUUGUCUCACCAUGGCAACCAAUAUGGAGGUGCUGGCUCAGCAGGUAGUGGAGACUCAGCAGGUGGCUGAGGAAAUGCACCGUGGUAACAUAGUGUGAUGGUUGUAUCUUGCCACUGGAGAGAUCGCUCCAUCUCAAGAGUGUAUGAAGCUCUGUGAUUUCUUCCUGGCCGGUGCCGACUGUUCAGACUUCGCUAUCUGAAUCUCCAGUGAUGACCAGCCCUUCCCAGCGUAUCCAGAUAAUUUCCACAGACUCCUCUGUAGCUUCACCACAACGCAUUCAGAUUGUGACAGAUCAGCAAACAGGUCAGAAAAUUCAAAUAGUGACAGCAGUGGAUUCAGCUGUGUCUCCAAAGCAACAGUUCAUUUUAGCUAGUCCAGAUGGAACUGGUGCAGGAAAGGUGAUCUUGGCAGCACCUGAGACAUCUAAUGCCAAGCAGCUUAUCUUUACCACCACAGACAACAUUGUGCCAGGCAGAAUUCAGAUAGUGACAGACUCUGCUUCAGUGGAACGCCUGCUAGGAAAAACUGAUGUUCAGCGGCCCCAGGUAGUAGAAUAUUGUGUAGUCUGUGGUGAUAAAGCAUCAGGUCGUCAUUAUGGUGCUGUCAGUUGUGAGGGAUGCAAAGGUUUCUUUAAAAGGAGUGUAAGGAAGAAUUUGACCUACAGUUGUCGUAGCAACCAGGACUGUAUCAUCAAUAAACACCAUCGGAAUCGAUGCCAGUUUUGUAGGCUUAAGAAAUGUCUAGAGAUGGGCAUGAAAAUGGAAUCGGUUCAAAGUGAAAGAAAGCCUUUUGAUGUGCAACGUGAAAAACCAACCAACUGUGCAGCCUCUACUGAAAAAAUCUAUAUAAGAAAAGAUCUUCGAAGCCCUCUAAUAGCAACUCCAACAUUUGUGGCAGAUAAAGAUGGGACACGGUCAGCCGGUCUUCUUGAUCCGGGAAUGCUCGUGAAUAUUCAGCAGCCUUUGAUCAGGGACGAUGGUACAGUCCUCCUAACUGCUGAUUCCAAGGCUGAAACAAGCCAGGGUGCCUUAGGAACACUGGCAAAUGUUGUAACAUCUCUCGCUAAUCUCAGUGAGUCACUAAAUAAUGGAGAUACUUCUGAAAUUCAACAAGAAGAGCAAUCUGCAAGUGAGAUUACACGGGCAUUUGAUACUUUGGCUAAGGCACUUAAUACUGCAGAUGGUACAACAGCUCAUAACUUGGCAGAUGGGAUGGAUCCUACAGGAGGAGGGAAUAUUCAUGUAAUCAGUAGAGAUCAGUCAACACCAAUUAUUGAAGUGGAAGGACCCCUACUUACAGAUACACAUGUCACAUUUAAGCUCACAAUGCCCAGUCCGAUGCCAGAGUACCUUAAUGUACACUACAUCUGUGAGUCAGCAUCACGACUCCUUUUCCUCUCUAUGCACUGGGCUAGGUCCAUACCUGCAUUUCAAGCUCUUGGGCAGGACUGUAAUACGAGCCUUGUGCGUGCCUGCUGGAACGAGCUGUUUACCUUAGGGCUGGCACAGUGUGCACAGGUGAUGAAUCUGUCGACUAUCCUGGGAGCGAUUGUCAACCACCUCCAGAACAGCAUACAAGAAGAUAAACUUUCUGGCGACAGAAUAAAGCAAGUCAUGGAACACAUCUGGAAACUUCAGGAGUUCUGUAACAGCAUGGCCAAGCUUGAUAUUGAUGGAUAUGAAUAUGCAUACCUUAAAGCUAUAGUCCUUUUUAGCCCUGAUCACCCUGGUCUGACCAGUUCAACCCAAAUAGAAAAAUUCCAGGAGAAGGCACAGAUGGAAUUGCAGGACUAUGUACAAAAAACCUAUCCAGAAGAUACUUAUAGGCUAGCCCGGAUCCUAGUUCGCCUGCCAGCACUUAGGCUGAUGAGCUCUAGCAUCACCGAGGAACUGUUUUUCACAGGUCUCAUUGGAAAUGUUCCCAUUGACAGCAUAAUCCCCUACAUUCUCAAAAUGGAAACAGCAGAAUAUAAUGGUCAAAUAACUGGCAUGUCUGCAUAGAGGGAACAACGUCAUUUGAGGGAUUGAAUUAAUUUUCACAAAAACCAUAUAAUUACGAAGUUAAAAGAGUAGUGUUUUGGUAUGUGCAGACAUUUCCAACUUGUUAUCAGUUUCCUGACAGAUUUCUCCUUGUUGUUUUCUGAUGUUGACAAAAUUUAAAGCAGCUAUUAAAACACCUACUAUAGGACCUUUCCUGCCACAAGGAAUAUUUUUGAUGCCUUUCAUUUAAAAGGCCAUAGAUUACUGAACAUACUUUUCACAUGCUUUGUAUUUAGAAACUAUCAGUGGUAAAAAGAGUUUUAUAAUAUCAGAGUAGUAAUAAAAUUACUUUAAAAGUAAAAAGAACAGUAUGUAUAUAUUUAAAAAUAUCCUUGGAAUGAAUGUCUAGCAAAUGCCAGGGUAUAAUACUAGCACUUUGUAAUCACUUCUUGUCAGAGCAACAGCAUCAUCAACAUCCUGCUUAUGAGUAUGGAAAAUGAAAAAAAUGCAUAUGUCCUUAGUCAAAAUGCUAGUGAUUUUUGUAAAAAUGUAGAAUGAUAAAGAAGACAAUCAUUUAAUCUACAAAAAGUCACUUGCUGUUAUGUUAUGCAUGAAAUAUUAAUGUGGAUCCUUAAAUCAGAUAUCCACAUUAUAUGAAACUAUAUCUGUUAAAUUAGUGCAGUUGUAAUACAUGGUACAGUGCAGUCAUAGUGACUAUUAUGUGCUACAGGAAUUCCCCACGCUAGAGAAAACAAAGUGUUUGUCACAAUAAUGAUUAAAUAUGCAGGUUCCUUAAAGUGUUUAUUCAGACAAACACAAUCAUGCCAAAUGUUCUUCUAAUAAGCAGCCUUUCGACUUUGGGGAAAAGCAGUCAUUAACUGGAAGAGCAGUAAUUUUCAAAUAGAGCUGUGUGAUGCUCUUUGAGUGUGCUCUUUGUAUGCUCCAAAUUUACUCCUCCUCUCUGUACUUUGAACACCCUCAUAAUGUAGCCACAGGGUACAAUUUAAGACCUGAAAUGUGUAGAACCUCUGGUCGUCAGCAUGAGUUUAUUACAAAGCUCUCUCACUUUAUUUCUCGCUCCCUCCCUCAUGGAGCCCUCCCAGUUUUGCAGUGUUCUCAACUUUCCUGUCACUCAGUAUGAAACUAAAAUAUAGUUAGGAUUUACUCUCACUCAUGUACAAUUGCAGUUGAUGAUUGAUGCACCAUGGAGGUAUAAAAUGAACUAUUUUUGAAUUGUCUCGAGUGAUGAGCCAUCAACAUGUUUGCUAGUAGUAGUAGUCAUUAGUACAUUAGAUGCAUUAAUUAUUUUAAUUAUUUGUGUGUUAGAGGCAUUCGUACAUUAGUAGAUUUAUGUGACAAAACUUAUCUAAUGGUAAGUUCAGCACUUUGGUUUUUUUUCUGUUACUGAUAUUUAUUUAGAAACAUCAACUAUGUUGGUGUUCGUGACUUUUCAGAGUCUGAAUUGUAGCCAGAAGACCUUAAGCAGCUUUAGAUGAGGCUUCUAAAGUAACAAAAAGAGCUUGCAUACUUCAUGCUUGUUAGGAGGCUGACAUUUGUAGCACUUACUGUGACACAAAAGACUAUUUAAUUUUAGCUUCUAGAUGCAUUAAAGUCUUCUACAGUUACUAUUUUUAGCAUAUUCAGUAUCUUUUUUUCUCAGAAGGGUAUUGCAAAGUCCAGUAUCCAUGCAGAGAUUGUAAUACUGCACUUGUAUCUCUCUCAGCUUUUGCUAUAGCAAAUGAAAUUGUCAUAUUUUUCUUGCUAUGGAAAGUCUGCUGUCUACAUGUGAAGUCAGCUGGACUUCAGGUUUAGUACCAACCACCUGACUGUAGUAUAACUGCUGCAGGAUUGUGUCUGCACUUCUGCUGCACAGCCCUUACGUUUAGGGUAUACAACUUAAAAAUUAAUGGUAAUUAAUCAGAAACAGUAGCUACCUUGGAAAGAGUAGUGGCUGCUUUUGUUAAAAUUUAAAAUUUUACUGGGUUACGUCAUUGUUCUGCAAGAAGAAUGCAUUGAACUAUUUGAUUAUUUUUAUUGCCAAAAGGAUUGCAAAACUUAAUUUGCUUUCAGAAUUUAAUAAAAAUCAUUUAGGCAGAUAAGAAAGCAUUUUAAUGGUAAAUGAAAUAGUCCUUAGCACAAAAACUAGCCAUUGGAAUAUUUGGUUUUAAAUCUCAGUUUGUUUCUUGACAAACAUAAUUUCGACUUCCAAUUUUUCAAGUAAAAGUGCCCCAUUUUCUGUGUGAAAAUUUGUCAUUUUUAUUACUUGUGAUCAUAACAAUUCAGGAAAGAGGCAUUAUAGUUUUUUGUGAACAUAGCAAUCACAUGAAAUUAAAUGUAGAAUGUGUGCCUUGCAUUACACACGUAAAUCGAAACAAUAAAUAUCAUGCAGCUCUGUUUACAAGUAAACCACACUCCCCACAAAUGCAAGGCCACAUAAUGAUAUCCUUGCUCUGCAAAUAGUUACUAAAUAGCUUAUUAGGGAUAAAAUAUUAAUUUUUGUAAACUGAGUAAUAACCAUGCCAUCCAUAGUUGUGCAUGCAUUUAGCAGAUGAAAUGAACCAGUUCCACCCUUAAGAUUUGGGUAUUAUCACCUAAAAGCUAUAAAGUCCCUCUCUGCGUAGCACCAUUAGCAUGAUUUGCUGACUUGCAGAGGUCAGAACCAAGCUACUUAGUUCUGAUGCCAUUAACAAGAAAUAAUCUUUCCAACUAUACAUUAUUUUGAUUCCAAGACUAACAUUUUGGAUUGUAGAAAUUUGAACAUAUGUGGGUGCCUGGGCUGUUUCCUACCUGGGAAAAGGACUCUGUGCUUCCCCUCUUUGAACUUCACAUGGUUCCCACUGGCCCAUUUCUCCCCUGUACCGAUCCCUUUCAGUGGCAGUAGGAGCCUGUGAUGCACAAGCUUUGCACCGUCUCUGCAGAAAAUACUGCAACACUGACAUAGUUCUUGGAAUUUCUGAGGUUUGUUCCAUCCCUCCUUGCAGUGACUGGAAGAUGGUAACAGGCUAAUCUUAGCUUUACUGUUAAAUUAGUUUUUUUUUAUCCUUUAAAAGUGCAAACUUUUCCUUAUGAAUAUGGGAGAGGAGAGUUUUUUAAUACUGUAACAAUUAUGGAAGAACUACUUCUUGAGUAUUAAAUACAGAAAUAACUUGUUUUCAUAAAGGUGAAAUUUAAAUGCCAAAUUUGUUUUUUCACCAUAACUUGGAGUCAAAUUAUCACAGUCACAAAGUGAUUCCAGGAAGAAGCUCUACUUUGUGCCAAUAUUUAUUCUCUUCAGAACUUCUGUGGUUCUCUUUCUGCUGCUCUUGAAAAUAUUUUAACUUGACAGACAUACAGUAAUAAAUUAUCUGAUUUGAUUUAUCUGAACCUGAGCAAAUGUGUAUACUAGUCACAAUUCCAUCAGACAAAUGUUAGAAUUCUGUGCUGACUGAGACUGGGGCAUGAUAAUGAGGCAGUGUAGGGAAUAAUAAUGAGGCAGUAAUGCCCACUGUGCUUCAUUUAUUUUCCAACUCUUUUGCAAAGGAACUGGAUUUGAAUCUUGUAGAUAAAAAGCACUUGGGACUAGCUUUGUCCCAUAUGAUUUAAUUGCAUUUGUGACAAAUGUAGGUAUACUCUUUUUUUCCUUUUAUUUACUUACAUGGGACUGUAGAGUCAGAACUAAUAUCAUGUGCAAAAGUAAUCUUUCUCAGCCUAUUUACAUUGCUUAUGAAUUGGCUGCAAUGCUUUGGUGUCUGUGAAGUUACUCUGGCAUGAAACUGGUAGAAGAAGAAAAAACUAUCUCCAGGGAGAGAUCCUUCUAAGAAGUCAUACAAGGCUUUCUUUUAGCUGCCUUAAAAUGUUAGAUCAUUAAGAAGGCUUAGUUUUCAGAGCACACUGUGGCAAGAAACUAUGGUUGCUCUCCACUGCUUAGUUGGCGUCAUUGGCCAAGUCUCCUUUCACCAUCUUCUGAAGCCCAUGGCCCCCCAGACAGCCACGACGCCUCUGGUGAGGAGCUCUGGUUCCAGAUCUGUGUGCAGAAUCCAGCAGCUCUGCAUCACCACUACAGUUCCCUUUGGCAAAGGGCACAUUCUGAGGCUGCCAUAGAGAAGCCAAGUCAGGGCUGAAGCUGACUGAAGUAGGUGAAAUCAGUUUCCUGACUCUUUUUUCUCCUUUGGCAGAGACUGUAAAACACUUGCGUGGUUUUUUUAUUGUUCUGUAUAGUACACAGGACUCAUUCCUGAAUUAAUUAUUUCAUUCAGGAUACUGCAGGUGUCAGUAGAUUUUUCUGCCCAUUAAAGUUCAGACAGUAGUUAGGAUUCUUUCCUGAUUACCUGCUGUUUAAUUAGUAAAAGACAAUUUUGAAAAAAUAGAACCAAAUAGCAUGACUAGCAAAGGGUUUCAAGAAUAUAGAUUAACCAGAAAGACAGAACUGGAAAUGAAUGGGCUGAGGGUACUGCUCAAUCAGUGAUAAAGCAGCUUCCUGCACUAACGGCACCAGUCAGGGCCCUGUUUGAAUCAGGAGAAGUGAGCAGUAGAACUGGCAGGUCAGUCAGACACACAGGUGUACCAGCACAUACCUACUGGAUGAUACUAUCCUGGAAAGAACAAAAAUGUUCAUUUUCUAUUUGAGAUCCCUCUCUUCCUCCCCAGUUACUCUUAAUAGUGCAAAACCAGGGCAUGUUGGGGUUUUUUUUCACCUACUCUUGUCCAUAAAAGGAAAAGCAUAAAUGCCAGAAAACACAGGCAGAUUCCCACCUGUUCCCACGGUUUGCCACACUGGCCACCCAGCAACAGAAGAGCUUUUGCAGUAGUUGGCUUUGGUGAUAAGCAUGGGCCAGCUGACAACAGCACACAACAGUGUGCAGUCCUAACACCUCCAAACAUCCAGGAGGGAUCAGCCAAAUGAGGGGAUGGUCACCCUAGAGAGGAAAGUGAGGGGUAGAGGAAGGACAAAUUGCUAGCAUUUACUGGAUCUUGAAUGACAGGAACUUAGUUUAGAAACAGCCUUACAUGAAAAAUUACCAAGAGGGGAUGGCAAAGGAGAGAAAAUGAAAGCAUUUACUUUUUGCACCUUUUAAUUCUAAAGUUGCUGAGUCAUUUUAACAGUAAAUACUCCUGAAUUAAGUUCAGGCUUACUGUUUGAUGCCAUUAGCCCUUCUUGUUAGAUAAUGCUACAACCCUACUUCAGCUGCAAUCAGUGUUAUCAACAUAUGGGAAAUUAUGUGUGAAAAAAAAAUUAGAGGGUCUGGGGUGACAAGUUAAAGUAAAAUUCUUUGUAAAGUUUAGAUGUUUUUUAUUGUGAAGUCAAGCUAAGUUCAUCACAGGUAAUACUGUUGUAAUGUUCCAUUAAUGCCCAAAAUCUGUUCAAUCCUGAGUUACGUGAAUGCUUUGAAAAUGGCUUAUUAUUGUUAAAUUCCUGCCUUUCUUUUUAAGGGGUUUGAUAGAGUUAUACACGUCUGUUUUGUGCCUCCCACCAUUGUGCAUUUCUGCAUGUUCAGUUCUAGAACUCACUCGAGCAGCUGAUGCAUAUGUACAUAGCUGUAUGUAUGUGUGUAUGAAUGUAUAUGUUUAUACCUCUCUGUCUAAAUAUAUUCUGUACAGUGUAUAGGAAAUGUGUAGUGUAUGUAUAUAUGUACAGAUAUGGAGCCAUUAUUCAUCUAUUCUAUGUGCUAAAGUUUUUUAUUCAUUUGCUAAUCAAGAGCUUCCUAAUUUGGUGAAUCCUCACAAAUUUCAGAGCUUUGCACCUUUUUUCUAAACCAGUCUGAAUCCACUAUUUGCUGUUCAGAACUGACAAAUAUAUUCUAUGAAUUUUCUGGCUUUGAUAUUAUUCUCUUUACUUUUUCUCAUUUGACCUAUAGAGGUCUGCUAGUCAAUAGUCAAUUGAGCAUAUAAUGCCUUUUAAAAAUAAUGAAUAAAUAACUAUAGGCAUAGAAAAUGCUUCCCUGCUCAUUAUAUACUCAUUCUUUUCCAGCCCUCCUGAGAUACUUUUGUAAAGUUGUAUUUUUUGUGAAGCUUGGUAAGAGGCUGAUUUUUUGGUUUUAAGUCUUCAUCUAUGGCUAACUGAAAGUAAACCAAGUUGCCAUUUAUCACUGAACUGCAGCACACAGAACAGGAGGUAACAGAUGCUGUUUAAUAAAUCAAUAGCCAUAUUGUCGUAGCAAUCUCAUGAAAUCAACCUGUGAGUUAGAGACUGUGUGCUCCGGUCAGUGAAACAGCAACUCUGGUAUAAUGGUAAUUAAAUAGUAGGGACAUUGCAGGUAGUUUAUUUCUUAGCAAGCAUCAAGACAUCUUCAGGAUUUUCACAAUGCAUUUCAAUUGUAUAUUCACUUUCCAAAGUUUUUAUUUUCCAGCCUAAACUGAACACAGCUAGUUUCUUAAUUUAGUUGUCAGGCUAAUGUCCGUUUCCACAAUCUGUCCUCUCCUGGGUCUGCAAUCUGUGCAGCUCCUGCACUGCCUGUGACAGUCCCACUGUCCACGUGGGACCUGCGCACACAGUUGGGAAAUGAGAUGUGGAGAAAGACAAUUUCUUAUUCAUAAUGAGGACUCAAGCUUUUACAUUAUCAAAGCUUGUUCUUCUUCCUUUUAGAUGAAGUUAAAAAGGAAGACUUCCAUAAAGUAAAUCUGUUUGUUAACUGUGGGUUUUUAAAAAACCAUUUCGCAGACCAUGCAGGGCAGUAGUUCAGCAAGUCUUGUUUCUGUCAUUAAAAAGGUGAAAUAGAAUUUUCUGGGCAUUUAUUUCCACCUUUUGUGCUCACUGUGACAAAGACUUGUGUAUGCUUAAUCCGAUAAUAAGACGCUAAUCAAAAUAGCAUGAACUUUGUGCAUGCUUAAAGUGAACCACAAGUCUGAGGAAAGUUUGCUAUGGAAAAUGCUGAGAAUGCUGUCUUUCUUAGUGUAUUGGUUAGUGAGCAUUUGUAAGCUUUUAUUUCAAAUAUAGGAAUAAACCUGUAGCAUUUCAAAACCUUAUUUCUGUGAUUUUCAGCAGGAGAAAUAUGUAAAUUAAUGUCAGGAAUUUCUGUGACAGAUGUUCCUUCAAUGGUGUCUGGACAGUUGGUGGUGUUGGAACGCUUGCUUUCCUCUUUAAAGGUGAAUAGAAACCUGAAAGUCUGUUAAAGUCACUGUACUGCAGGAAUAGUUUUAAAGUUUAGGAUGCCAAUUGGGGCACUAAUGCAAGAUUGAAUCAGUUUAAAAACUCAACUGUGAAUUCAGGAAAAAAAAAUGCAAAGUUCAGUGAACCAAAUUCCACAUUUGAAUUGUUUGUAUUCUGAAGGACAAAAUGUGCUCAAAUUUAGUGGCAAUAAGGGCUCUGCAAUAAUACAACACAGGUCCAUUUUACGGUAUUUUCAUGACUGUGGGUUAAAGUAGGACUGAAUAAACUUAAAACAAAAAGCACAGUCUUUAAGAAGAAAACAUUUUACUUACAGCCGGUAUAUGUUAAAUUUUCUGUAUAUGGAAUCAAGAUCGAAUGUUGGAAUAUUUUUUGUAAUUAAUCUGUACUCUGAAAUACACUAGAAGGCAGUGUUCAUAAUUUCCUAACUGAAAAGUGCACAGUUGUAUCUGUAUUGGCAUACUAGGGAGUGCUGAGCUCCUAAAAAUCAGCAAAUUUUUAAAAAAGGAAGCAUCUACUUUCAGUUCCUUGGGAUAUUUUCUGGAAGUCUCUAUUCCUUAUAAUUUAGAAAACUAUUGUUUAUUUUAAAAACUGCAAAAGUUUCUAAUUUCUCACAGCUUCUUUUGUGAAAUCAGUAUUGUUGUGUGUGGUAGCAUUUAAAAACAAUAGCAUGUUCUUUUUUUAAACUAAAUUUUAUAUCCAAACAAUGUUUUCAGUCACAAAGAGGAAUUUGCAUUGUCGUGUUUGUAUAUAGAGUAUUGCAGUGCAUGAUUUAGCUUAUGCAUUUUAUUAAAUGCUGUUGUGACAUUAUAUUGUUGCAGUUAAUACUAGUAGCUAAAUGAGGUUUCUACCAUUAAAGUGAAUUACAAAUGUAA